AUGGUGUUACAAGUACUGAAAGAGAAGGAGUUAUAUGCGAAGCUGUCCAAAUGUGAAUUCUGGUUAUCGAAGGUGAGUUUUCUCAGACAUGUUAUUUCAGGUGAUGGUAUUGUUGUAGACCCGUCGAAAGUAGAUGCAGUGUUGCAAUGGGAAGCUCCAAAAUUGGUUUCUGAGAUUAGAAGCUUUUUGGGAUUAGCUGGAUAUUACCAGAGAUUUAUCGAGGGCUUUUCCAAGUUGGCACUUCCGUUGACUCAGCUGACUUGUAAGGGCAAGGCGUUCGUGUGGGACAUCCAAUGUGAAGAAAGUUUCACCGAAUUAAAGAAGAGGUUGACGAUGGCCCCAAUUUUGAUAUUACCUAAUCCUGAAGAAUCCUUUGUUGUGUAUUGUGAUGCUUCCAAGUUGGGUUUAGGAGGUGGGCUCAUGCAGAAUGAUAAAGUGGUAGCUUAUGCAUCGAGACAGUUGAGGAUUCAUGGGAGGAAUUAUCCUACUCAUGACCUAGAACUUUCAACAGUAGUAUUCGUGCUGAAGAUAUGGAGACAUUAUCUUUAUGGCUCAAGGUUUGAAGUGUUAACGACCACAAAAGCUUGA